AUGUCUCUCCCCAGCGCCACAUCCUCCUCCCUCAUCCUCACCAAAGCCACGCACGACGAAAAAGUCUAUGUCUGGACUCGCCAUCAACCGUCCUGGGGACCAAGAUACACGCCCCAAGCCUACAUCGACAGAGAAGAGCACCUCCUGACGUACGACCUCACCAAAGACGGUGGCCUCACCUCCUGGAUUCUCACCGACCCCACCAGCAGCAACGCCCACGGCGCGCCAGGAAACCGUCCCAUCCUCUCCGCAGUAGAAACCUACCGCAAGAGAGCCGUCGUCCGCGAUCCGGACGGCAAGGUCCGUGACGUGACUGCCUACGGCAUCGCCAGCGUCUUCACCUUUGAAGAGUUUCGCCGUCAGGGCUACGCGGGCCGCAUGCUCGGUCUUCUCGGUGAAACUAUUGCGAGAUGGCAGGCCGAGAGGCCGGGCAGUGCAGAGUUCUCCAUCCUCUUCUCUGAUAUCGGAAAGGAGUUUUACGCCAAUCAUCAGUGGAUGCCGUUUCGAAGCACUCAUUUGAGUUUUCCUGUCAAGCCGUUUACUACGCCGUGUGAUGGGCGGCUCACACUUGUAACGAGGGAGAAUUUGCAAAUGGUUGCCGAGUUGGACGAGAGGACUCUUCGAAGAAAGGUGGCAAACCCGCCGAGUGAAGGACACAAGGCGAGGGCCGCUGUGUUGCCAGACUUUGCUACGUAUGAAUGGCAAAUAGGGAGAGAAAAGUUCUUUUGUACGCAUAUUCUUGGGGCAGGGCCGACGGUUCACGGCGCCAUUUACACUCCGGAAGGCUCGCCCAAUUCUCGGGUCUGGAUGCUCUGGGCCAAUAUCCUAUAUGGAGGCAAGGAGAAACCAGAAGAUAAUGUCCUGAAUAUUCUACACUGUGCUCUUGAGGAUGAAAGCAUUCCGGAUCAAGAACUGUCAAAGGCAUUGAGCGCAAUUAUGGGUGUUGCGCAAACCACGGCAGAGGAGUGGAUUUGCACCAAGCUAGACAUGUGGAAUCCGGACGAACGGACGCAAAGAUUGCUUGAAGAGAUGAGUGAUCUGCAGGGUAAGCUAAUUGUUCGAGAAAAGUCCAAUAUUGCGAGCUUUAGAUGGUUUGGUCAAGGUCCAGUCUCUGAAGUUGAGUGGGUUGAUAACGAAAAGUUUGAAUGGUGCUAG